AUGUGGUUCCCAACCUCUAUUGUGGGACAAUGCUACGUGUACAUAUCUGUUUAUACACAGUCUUACAUUCCCCAAUCCCCUAUUGAGGGUUAUAUGUGGGGACUUGGCUCUAUGCAGUCAAGUAGCCCAGCCAGUUCAACAUCUGCGUCUCUUGUUUCUGCCAUGCCUGCAUCUGUUCUUUCUGUCAAAACAUUUAGACUUACAGAACUGGAGAAAGCCACUGACAAAUUCAGUUCAAAAAGGAUUUUAGGUGAAGGAGGAUUUGGACGUGUUUAUCUUGGGAUCAUGGAAGAUGCAACUAAAGUAGCUGUGAAGUUACUGACAAGGGACAAUCAGAAUGGAGACCGUGAAUUUAUUGCUGAGGUUGAGAUGCUAAGCCGAUUGCACCAUCGCAACCUCGUGAAAUUAAUUGGUAUAUGCAUUGAAGAACGUACACGCUGCUUGGUCUAUGAGAUUGAUAGGGCAUUCUUAGAUGUUGGAGGAGGCGGUGGUGAGGCGGGCGAUGGCAUGGAGGAGUUGGGAUAG